AUGGCUAUUAAUGACAGAAAUCAUGCUGGAGGAACAUGUUUGGUGGGGGCCAUAUUGUUUAGUACAGGGGUUUCAUUUCUACACGAAGCAAUUACAGUAUUUAUGAAUAUUCAAGAAUUCAAACUUCAAAACAGACGUCACAAAGUUCCAGUACACCUCGGUUUGUCGGUCGCCCACGUGAUCCUGACAUUUCUCCGCCUCGUCCUCGUCCUGGCUGUUUUAUCUGGAAACAUCUGGGUGUGGAUCUCGAUAGGCGUGGGAGUAGGGACCGGAUACUUCUUUAUGAGGCCCUGUCUUGUCUGCAAAACACGCGAAGCACCAGUCGAUUAUGACGUCACAAUUGGAGGACGUGUUCGAUUGCAGACAGUCAGAAAAUUAGGUCACUACAGCGUGCAGAAAUUAACACAACAAUCCAAGGUCACACAAGAGAAACAAGACGUUUACUUCAGACAAACAACAGAACACAACAACAAUACGCACGAUACAGACAAACAGACGCAGCCCCUUCUAAAUACAGCAUCUCAAAGUACAGAAAGGUCAAACCUCAGCCCUCAAGAGUCGAUGACCUUCCUCCCGAGCGCUCAACCCACGAUACAGAACAUGAGUAACGAGGAGCGCUGGGAUUACAUCCGGGAAACUUUCCAGAAGCUGUCCCGCUCUCAUCUGUAUGAAGGUUUGGAAAGACGACGUCAGCAGCAGGACAGGAGUUAUGUCCCCUGUGAGAGUCCACUCAACUCUAGUCAGCCGCGAUGGGAGAGUUCGUUUGACGCCUCUACAGUGGACAUCCAGGACCUACUGAACGAAGAGGAGAUGACCAGGGCACAGAAUCCCGUCAAACAUUAAAUGUGUGACUCACUACCUGUAUAAAUUAUUAGUUUAGACCUUGUUAUCCCAGCCUAU